CUGGCGGCUGCGGCCGGCGGGGUGAUGGAGUCGGCCGUGGAGGAGCUGAUGCCGCGGCUGCUGCCCGUUGGGGACUGCGACCUGCCCGACGACUUCGACCCCACCGUGCCGCCCCGGACGCCGCAGGAGUACCUGAGGCGCGUUCAGAUUGAAGCAGCGCGAUGCCCAGAUGUGGUCGUGGCACAAAUAGACCCCAAGAAGCUAAGAAAGAAGCAGACGGUAAACAUUGCAAUUUCUGGAUGUCAGCCUGCUCCAGAAGGAUACUCUCCAACACUCAAGUGGCAGCAGCAGCAAGUGGCCAAUUUCUCAUCUGUUCGUCAGAGCCUGAACAAGCACAGACAUCACUGGCGGUCACAGGAUUUGGACAGCAAUGUUAACAUGCCCAAAUUAGAGGAUGAAGAAGGUUGGAAGAAGUUCUGCCUGGGUGAAAGAGUGUACUCAGAAAUAGAUGCAGAAUCUGAUAAUGAACAUCUAGGAAUUGAUUACAUAAAGGUUGGCUUUCCUCCUUUGCUAAGUAUUGUAAGCAGAAUGAAUCAGGCCACAGUAACCAGUGUCUUAGAAUACCUGAUCAGCUGGUUUGGAGAGAAAAAAUUUACUCCAGAACUGGGUAGAUGGUUUUAUGCACUGUUGGCAUGCCUUGAAAAACCUUUGCUACCUGAAGCUCACUCCCUUAUUCGACAGUUGGCAAGGCGGUGCUCAGAAGUGAGAGUACUAGAGGAGAACAAGAACGAAGAGCAAGUUUCAGCUCUGAAUCUCUUAAUCUGCUUAGUUAGCAGGUACUUUGAUCAACGCGAUUUAGCUGAUGAACCCUCCUAGACUUCUCUGAGAAAACCAUUUUCUGUUGCAAAGCACAGAGUAGUACAAAUAGUACAAACAGUGUACAGGUCUGAAGCGUGCAGUGUCUUUCUGUCAAGUACAAUACAACUUCUUCAGAGCACCCUCAACAUAAUAAUACAUUUGGGACAGCUAUGAAUAACUGAAGCUGAUCUUUAGCAUGAAGGUACUGCUCUCCAGUAUCCUCAUCGUAAAAUGGUCCAUGAAUUAUCUGUCAUUGUCUCUCAAGCAAUAUCUUAGUAUAAUAGAUUCUUCAUUACAAAUUUUUGCCAUCUGAGUAAUCCUGUGGAUGCUGUCAUUAGGUUCCGAGUUUAAAGAGAUGUCACAGAUGACUGUUCUUUAUCUAAUACACAACCCUUGAGGUCUUUUUUAAUAAAACUAAAAUGUUCUUUAA